AUGGCCUACAUCCCUGGUGGGGGCGCCCCGGCAGCGGGGGCGGCCCCCGUGGGCUCCCAGUAUUGUGUGUGCAAGGUGGAACUGUCAGUGAGUGGCCAGAACCUGCUGGACCGGGAUGUCACCUCCAAGUCUGACCCCUUCUGUGUCCUCUUUACAGAGAACGAUGGCAGGUGGAUUGAGUACGACAGGACAGAAACUGCCGUCAACAACCUCAAUCCCGCGUUCUCCAAGAAGUUCGUCCUCGACUACCACUUUGAGGAGGUGCAGAAGCUCAAGUUCGCCCUGUUUGACCAGGACAAGUCCAGCAUACAACUCGAUGAGCAUGAUUUCCUGGGCCAGUUCUCCUGCAGCCUGGGCACGAUCGUCUCCAGCAAGAAGAUCACUCGGCCUCUGCUGCUGAUGAAUGACAAGCCUGCAGGGAAGGGCCUGAUUACGAUUGCUGCCCAGGAGCUGUCAGACAACCAGGUCAUCACGCUGAGUCUGGCGGGCAGGAAGCUGGACAAAAAGGACCUCUUUGGAAAGUCAGACCCAUUUCUUGAGUUUUAUAAACCGGGAGAUGAUGGCAAGUGGAUGCUGGUUCACAGGACUGAGGUGAUCAAGUACACGCUGGACCCUGUGUGGAAACCAUUCACUGUGCCAUUGGUGUCCCUGUGUGAUGGGGACAUGGAGAAGCUCAUCCAGGUCAUGUGCUACGACUAUGACAACGACGGAGGCCAUGACUUCAUCGGCGAGUUCCAGACCUCAGUGUCGCAGAUGUGUGAGGCUCGUGAUGGUGUCCCGCUGGAGUUCGAGUGCAUCAACCCCAAGAAGCAAAGGAAGAAAAAGAACUAUAAGAACUCGGGCAUCAUUAUCUUGCGUUCCUGCAAGAUAAACCGGGACUACUCCUUCCUGGACUACAUCCUGGGAGGCUGCCAGCUCAUGUUCACGGUUGGGAUAGACUUCACAGCCUCCAAUGGGAAUCCCCUGGACCCUUCCUCUUUGCACUAUAUCAACCCCAUGGGCACCAACGAAUAUCUGUCAGCCAUCUGGGCUGUUGGGCAGAUCAUUCAGGACUAUGACAGUGAUAAGAUGUUUCCGGCUCUGGGCUUCGGGGCCCAGUUACCCCCAGACUGGAAGGUCUCCCAUGAGUUUGCCAUCAACUUCAACCCUACCAACCCCUUCUGCUCGGGUGGGGCUGUGGACCCCUGGGGUCGUAGUGGCUUAAGAGGCUCCUGGACAACCUUGACUCUGCCCCGGCAAUACUUCAUCCUCCUCAUCAUCACGGACGGCGUCAUCAGUGACAUGGAGGAGACGCGCCAUGCCGUGGUGCAGGCUUCCAAGCUGCCCAUGUCCAUCAUCAUCGUGGGCGUGGGCAAUGCCGACUUCGCUGCCAUGGAGUUCCUAGACGGGGACAGCCGCACACUGCGCUCCCACACGGGGGAGGAGGCCGCCCGCGAUAUCGUGCAGUUCGUGCCCUUCCGAGAGUUCCGCAACGCGGCAAAAGAGACAUUGGCCAAAGCUGUGCUGGCGGAACUACCCCAACAAGUUGUGCAGUAUUUCAAGCAUAAAAACCUGCCCCCCACCAACUCGGAGCCUGCCUGA